AUGAUAAAAAAUAUAUAUGAAAUUAUUAUAAAUUUUAUUAAAAAUAUGCAAAAAAGCAAUAUAAAAGAUGUUAAUUAUCUUAAAGGAAAAACACAGAAAAAAAAAAGUGAUUUUCAUAAUAUAAUAUUUUUACUAUUAUUAUAUACUAUACAAGGUGUUCCUAUUGGUGUAUCAUCAGUAGUUCCUUUAAUUAUUCAAGAUAAAGUAAGUUAUUCCCAUUUGAGUAUUUUGUCUUUAGUUAAUUUACCUUUUAGCUUAAAAUUAUUAUGGGCUCCUAUAGUCGAUUCUGUCUAUAAUAAAAAAAUUGGCAGAAGGAAGAGUUGGAUAAUUCCUAUUCAGUUAUCAUGUAGUUUAUCAAUGAUAUAUUUCAGUAGAUAUGUAAGUAUGUGGUUAGGGGAAGGAAAUAAUAACAUAAAUUUAUAUUUUUUAACAAUUUUUUUUUUUGUUCUUUUCUUUCUAAUGGCUACUCAAGAUAUUGCAGUAGAUGGCUGGGCACUGACGAUGUUAUCAGAAGAAAAUAAAUAUUUAGCUUCUACAUGUAAUAUUUUAGGUCAAAACAUAGGAUAUUGUAUGUCUCAAUUAUCAUUUUUAACAUUAAAUAACAAAAAUAUAUGCUUUUAUAUAUUUAAAAAAUAUAUAAGAUAUAUGCAUUUAAUAUUUUAUAAUUCCCAUUAUUAUAGAAAUUUGUAUGAAAAAAUGGAUUUUAUUUAUCCAUCAUUUCAACCAUUUGUUGAUAUGAAUUUUUUUUUAAAAUUUUGGGGAAUAUUUAUAUUGAUAUUAACUAUUUUUACUUGUUUUAAAGUAGAAAAAUCAUAUGAAACUAAUAAAAAAAAGGUAAAAGAAAUGGGAUGUUUUGAUAAUAAAAUAAAUAAUGAAGAAGAAUUUGAAAAUGCAAAAGAGACUUAUAAAAAAUUAUAUGAAUUAUUAUUUUUACCACCUAUGAGAAUAUUUAUUAUUUUGUUUUUAAUAAGUCGUUUACCUUUUGCAUCAGUGGAAGUUUCUACUAAUUUUAAAAUGUUAAAAAGAGGAAUAACUAAAGAGGAAUUUGCAAUUUUCAAUCCUUUUUAUAUUCCUAUAUCUAUUUUGUCUCCAGCAAUUAUUGGAAAAAUCAUACAAAAAACAAAUCCAUUAGGCUUUUAUUAUUAUGGAUAUAUUUUAAGAUAUUUUUCUAAUAUUAUAUUAUCAUCUUUGUUACCUAUUACUCAUUAUGUGUAUUUAAAUAAAUCAGAAUUAUCUAAAAUAAACUUCUAUUCAUAUUACCUAUAUAUUUUUUUUGCUCAAAUAUUUAAUCACUUUUGUAUUGAUUUAAUGACUGUUUCAUCAAUGAGUUUUCAAAACAUAAUAUCAGAUCCGAAAAUAGGAGGAACAUAUAUGACGUUUCUAAAUACUAUUAGUAACUUAGGAUCUCAUUGGUCUUCAAUAUUUUUAUGGUUGCUUGAUUAUACUGAUAGAAAAAUAUGUUAUAAAGGAAAAUGUAUGUUCAUAGACGGUUUUUAUAUUCAAAUGGUACUUUCUUUUAUAAUUGGGAUCAUAAUUAGCAAUUUUAUUUUAAAAUGUAUUAGGAAACUUCAAAAGAAUGGAGAACUAAUUCCACAAAUAGAGAAAUGA